AUGGUAUACGAAAAGUGUUGUGUUGGUGGUUGCAAUACAACACGUGAAACGCACCGGCUUUUCAGAUUCCCUAGGAACGAUAAUUUAAGGAACUUGUGGAUGGCUUUCAUAGUGCCGACAAAUCCCCAGCUCAUUGUACUUUCCAAAGAACAGUUACUUAACAAACGUGUCUGUGAAAAACAUUUUGAUGUAUUUCAGUUCGGCAAUGAAGGCAGAAGACUUCGAUACUCUUACCCGUCCUUGCUUACUGACAAUGAAAUAGCUCAUGGUGUGCCUCUGACUGCAACUGGAUGGGAUGUCACAACUGAACAUAAUUACUGUAAAGAGCAAAAUGAAGAUGAUUUCACAGAAGCUGUGUUAGUGGUUAGAAAGCCUGGAAGUGAUGUUACGAUUGAACACAAUUACUACAAAGAGCAAAAUGAUUGUUCCAAAUCAUCGGUAGAGAUUGGAUCGUCAGAUGUGUACUAA